AGUUGUCAAAAGUACGUAUGUAUAGUAUUAUCCGUAUGAUCGACACGAGACUAAUAAGUAUCCUCAAUAGUAAACGUGUUCGUGUGUAUUACAACGCAUCUUCUGAAGCAAUAAUAGUGUCACAAGUAUAGUAUCCCACAUAAAACAUAGCCAAGGUCAAUAAGUCUCUGCUCACUAUCCCAAUACUACACGACAAUUUAUCGUUUAUUCUCGGAAGUUAAUACGUUUUUAAAAGAAGUUGUCAUUGCAACAUGGGGUCGCUGCUGCAAUCCCUGCCAUCUUUCAACAAGAAGAAUUUCUCCGCCUAUGACAAAGGUCACAGCAGGGUAGAGUGCAAAAAGGCAAAGACGUAUGUACCGCUGUGUGACACUUCGCCGCAGGAAGGGCAGAUCAUUCACUCGGACCCAACUAACCUGCUAUUAAAGAAGCUGAAUACGCAGUUCCAGAUGACGAGUCUAGUGUCAUCAGAAGAAGAUUCCAGGAAAAGGAAUCUGCAGAGCGCACAGUUAGACUCGGGCGAAGGGUCGUCCGGCACGAAACAUACCAGGGUGGAGUGAAGCGGGUAUGCGAGGAUACCUAUAGACAAAGUGACGCCUGGAGAAUAGGCACCGGCAUGUGCUACGCCGAUGAACGCCUCGGUUGGCUGAUCUCAUACGUUAUAUUAUGCAACGUGUGUGUGUGCACUUCAUUACGGCAUAUUGCGCGAUUUGACUGAUCACGUGGGUCAUAGUGGAAUAGGGUUAAAGGACACGGACUCCACCCAGCUGCUUGAGUGCCGCCAGAUGUUGUUAUGUAGCGGGCAUCCAGUAUGCUGUCGUAGCUAACGUAUCGUUGUUGGAUUUUGCUUCGCUAGCCUGCGACUAUGCAGAAGCGACUCAGCUGCAUACCCUCAUAUAUGGGAUAUCUGCGGAGUGCCUGGCCUGGAUUCCGUUUAAGGCAGUUUGGAGCUUAUUUCAUUUCCCACAAUUAUCCUAAUCGUCAGGAGAGAUAUGGCGUCUGGAGAUUGGGAUCAUGCUAUCGGAGGGGGCCUCCACCGCUACUGGUUGUGGUGUGUCAAUGAACCGAGAUGCGUGCACCAUUCAUCGCCUGUAGAUGAUAUGGAUGCAUGUGUUUACUCAAAUCAAGAAAAUGAAAAAGGUCUGGUCAUGAGCCGGCGUGUAGGAUGUAGAUUUGAGUGAAUGGCGUUACAGAUAUUUCGGUGUGUGUAAGGGUAUCUCGGUCAGUGACUUUCGAUUGGUUAGUGACUUUCGAUUGGCCAGUGACUUUCGGUUCAUACAGAGGCAUACGCUCGACAGUAUUGCUGACAGCGGGAGCGCUAUAGUUGGAUGCGUUUAAACACUACAAAUGUCCGUUGAAUCUGGAGGUUGCAUAAGGGAAUCCUUUGAUACGCAAUAGCGCCGAUUUCAAGGACUGUACUCGCUUGCGGAAAAGACCCACUUGUUGGCAGGCGGCCCUGCAGUCUAUCCCUUAUUAAUGUGCACCACUGAAAAUUGUAGAAUCCUGCACACGCGCACAUACAUUGGGUGUUUAUUGGCACAGAGGUGUAGAUGAGGAAACGCGCUAAAAUGCACUUGCCAUAUAUCGACACAACAAAAUAGUUUACAGCGACAGAUGCCGGAUGUUCACAGUACUAUGCGACAACACCCUGCGCCUUGACCACUGAUAGCUUUUAGCUUAAAACCAGACGGCGGCUGACAGCAAUAUACAGUAUUGCGCUGUGGCUUUCCGUUAAUAUUACUGGCUGUACGUUACGCAUGAACUAAACGAAAGGGUUAUUUAUCGUAACUAUUUUUACGUCUUCACUUUACACGCUUUCACCUUAGAUGUCAUCGGUACUCAGUACACUGAUGCAAGUGCGUAUCUGUGUCAUCACCUGCCUGCACGGAUCAAUACGCUCUUCGUCAAUAGUGCCAUGCCAUUUAACUAAAUAGACAGGCUACAUUGCCUGC